AUGGCCUCGCCUAGGACACGUCGCAAAUUAAAUUCAAUUCGUAACUUACACGAGAACGAAAAAUGCUUUGAAUGUGGUACUUUAAAUCCACAAUGGGUUUCGGUAACUUAUGGCAUAUGGAUCUGUUUGGAGUGCUCUGGCGUUCAUCGUAGUCUUGGUGUACAUCUUUCUUUUGUACGUUCUGUAACUAUGGACAAAUGGAAAGAUAUAGAAUUGGACAAAAUGAUAGUUGGUGGAAAUUCUAGAGCUAAAGAGUUCUUUGAAGAACAGGCUGAUUAUUCCCCUGAUAUGAAGAUAACUCAGAAAUAUAACACCAAAGCAGCUGCUAUGUACAGGCAGAAGAUAUCUGCUCUAGCUGUUGGCUCUGAUUGGAGUCCUUCUGAUUUUAAACCUGAAGUAGUUGAACGCCCUACACAGUGGAAUCAAUCACAGAAUUCUUAUUCAUCUGAUGAAACUUCUUUUCAUGGCAGUGGCUCUGAAAAUAAUAUCAGCUAUCACAGUGAGUAUGGUAGUAACCGUUACACAGGCUUUGGAAAUACUCAACAGUCUCAAUCUAGACCAACUUCUCCUGAUAAUCAUAACCAAAUAAUGGACAAUGCAUUGUCUUCAUUGGCAUCUGGCUGGUCAUUAUUUGCUACUUCCAUGACUAAAGCAGCACGUUCAACUACUGAGAAAGUCUCGGAAAUGACAAGUGUAGUUGCAGAAAGGGUGAUCCGUGGCGGUCGUUGGAGUUCGCUACGUGGCACAUCUGAACCUCGUCGAGCAAGCAAUACUAGUAUUGAUAACCAACCACAAAGUUACGGCGCUAUGAAGUUUUCUAAUUCGGAACCAUUCCCUAAAUGGGACGAGCAAUCACAGCCACCAUGGAAAUCUGUGGCUACACAAAACAACAUUGAUACGCGUGAUUUGUCUCAAGUUGGUAUAUCCAGUCCACCUCUAGAUUUGAAGAACAUUACCAUUAAGAAAAAACCCAAUGCAGAUGAUGAUUCCUGGGACUGGCUCAAUAAUUAG